GAGAGAAGCGUGCACGCGUUAACUCGCGUGGCCUGUCAGGGCUCACGGUGAACGCCGGCUUGAUGAUCAGUGCGCGGUACUGACGGGCGAUAGCGCCGCAAGGCAUUAAAGGAAAGCAAAGCGACAGCCGAGGAGCCGCCAAGUAGCUCAAGGCGUCGUUGAACACAACCAAGAGCGGGCGAUGGCCCCAAACGUCAGCUCGAAUCCGGUGGCUAAUGAACGUCAAAGAGCCAAAUAACGUAACACAGCCAAAGCAAAGUUCUCAUCUCUGGCGUGCCUGCAGCUCCGUUUCAUCUCCAUUGUCUGCUGAUUGAAGUUUUGAAGGGCACGUGGGUGUUGGGCGGGAAGGAUGUCCGAUGGUCGUCGAGAGUAGUGGCAGCAGUCAACGCGUCUGAGAGAGGGGGCGGCGGGGAACGUACAGCGCAGAGAUGGAGCGAUGAUGGACGCGAUCACUUGCUGCCCAUCCCGAUCCCGUGCCGGCGAGUGAAGAGGAAUACCCAGCCCUUGGCUCCCACAUCCCGUCUGCGAGCUCGGACAAGGGACGAGCGUCUCUGCUUCUGGAUCGCACUCCGAUCCAGAUACCGGCCCUCCCCGCCUCCUCCGCCUCCUCGAUCGCCUUCGUUGCUUCGAACGGACGGGCGGUCUUUUAUUUGAAUCGGAAGUUUUUUUUCGGGGUAAUCGAUCAGGGAGAAGUACAUAAGUUUGUUUAUAGCCCCUUCAAGCAAAGUAAACAACAAAAACAACACAAACCAACCCUCUUUGCGAGCGGGAUAGAACACGUGUGCCUUUGUGCAGUAUGCGCAUCCCUAAAAUAUGUUUGAUCAAUGAAUGCGUUUGUAAGGAUGCGGUGAAUAUUUUAUCUGACGGCAGUAGGGUUGGGGGGCGAAGUUAGAUCUACGCGAGACAGUUUUCAUCCAAGCGCGCGCGGGCACAAAUCAGGUCGCGGCUUUCAAAAACGAUUCCAAAGUUUCAGAGAGUGCGCACGCGCGGUGCCAACACCGGCUACUUUUGAGAGAAUAAAAAAAUCAACUUUCACGUUCACGAACAUCAACUUGGUUGCGUAUCUAAAUGAUAAAAACAAACAAAGCAGGUGCAGUUUGAUUCAAAUCGACGUCUUCGCCUUGCGCAUGGCCGCGUUUCAAUAUCGCCUCUUGUCGCCACGAGUCGCCAUCUGGUGACGCCGAGUGCAGAACGCCGUCCACUUGAUCCCCCAUCGAAAGAUCCAAGCUGCGCGAACUCUCCGAUUCCCGUUCGUGGACACUCGGUGAGUACUCGAGAGUGGCACACCGGUCGGUGGUGACCGCAUCUCGUCCCGGCAUCCCAGAACCUGGUAUCAUGCAGAUUCACGGUCUCAUAGCUCCAUCCCAGGUUCACAUCCAGAGGCCCGGCUAGCCCCAGAGAAAGCGCCGAAUAAGCCGUCGCAUCCCAGCAGCUACGCUCUGGACCGAAUCCCAAAAGUCUUCACACGCGGCGGGCCCUUAAGCGUGACAGGAGUGGCCGCCGGCCAGGAGGUCCGACCUGGUGGGUCGGUUACAGGGUCGGUCAAGCCCAGGCGGAGGAGAUAGGCUGAGCGAGACGAGUGGCCAUGCAGGAGGAGGACAUCGAAGUGGCUAUCAAGGUGGUGGUGGUCGGGAACGGAUCGGUGGGGAAGUCCAGCAUGAUCCAGCGCUACUGUAAGGGCGUCUUCACCCGGGACUACAAGAAGACCAUCGGGGUGGACUUCUUGGAGAGGGAACUCCGGGUUAACGAUGACGACGAGGUGAGGCUCAUGCUGUGGGACACGGCCGGCCAGGAGGAGUUUGACGCCAUCACCAAGGCCUACUACAGAGGCGCGCAGGCGUGCGUGCUGGUGUUCUCCACCGUGGACCGGGACUCGUUCCUCUCCGUGGCCGCGUGGAAGGAGAAAGUGGAACAGGAGGUGGGAGGCAUCCCCACGGUGCUCGUCCAGAACAAGAUCGACCUCCUGGACGAGGCCGCGGUGCACAGCGACGAAGCCGAAGCGCUGGCAAGGAAGCUGCGGCUGAGGUUCUACAGGACGUCCGUGAAGGAGGACCUCAACGUCAACGAAGUGUUCAAGUACAUCGCCGAGAAGUAUCUGAUGAGGGUGAAGCAACAGAGGGUAGAGGAGCAGAGCCGGCCGGCAUCCAAGGGCAGCCGCAUCGGGAGUAACCCCUUCUCGGCCGUGGGCACCUCGGCUGAGCGCCCACACUGGACGCAGGCGAAUCGCUCCGACCUCGUGGCGCUGCGGCCCAGCAGGCAGCGGGCCAAGCGCAGCCGGGCCACCCUGGGUGGCUGCCGGGUGCUCUGAGCGAUGCUGCUGCCUCUCCCUCAUCCUCCUCCCGAUCCUCAUCCUUGCCCCUGCUCUCUCUUCCUCCGUCCGUCAUCGUCGUCGUCACGGCUGCUGAGCAAGCGACCGCAGCCGCCUGCCGAUAGCUCGCCGCGGGUGCUGGAAGACGCCGUGCGGUUCUGCUGAUCUUGUUGUCGAUAGUGGGUGUAUCGGUUCGGCUGAUUGUGUUGUCGAUAGUGGGUGUAUCGGCCAGGGCCGGAUCUAGAGGGACGGGCAACCCCGGACGGUUUUCAUCCUACUGGCUCAAAACUUCAGAGAGGCCUCGAAAAUAAAUUUUAAAAACGUAAAAAUGAAAAUGUUUACGAAUAACGGUGAGCUAUUUUGUUCUUAAAAUUAUAUUGUCAUUUUAUUAUGACGAAAAUAAACAGUGUCUUUGUUACGAGCGCUGCCACAGCGUAAGUGGUUCUCACACCGGACUACUGCAACCCAGAGGUCGCCGGUUCGAUCUCCCAGCCCAGCAGCUGAAACUAUGGUGGCAAUUUUCUUAAAUGCCCCCCCCCCCACCACCACUGCCUCUGUCCACCCAGGAAUAUAAAUGGUUUCGUGUGGUGGGGUAAAGCGUGGGGUACACCCCUCCUCUUCCAAGAUAUCCGGCCAACGCGGACGAGCAGCCUCCGUAGAGCUGCGUCUGUAGUGUAGGGAGAAGUGCCAUGAGAAAGGCAAUGGCCGUGGUGCAACUUUACCCUUUGGUUCUUUCGGUAAAGUCACGUGGGUAGA